AACGGGUAACAACAACAAUUUAAAUAUGAGUAAUAUAAAUUUUGGGAAAUUUCUCUUAAGCCUUACCAUAAUUGGAUUAAGCCUGCUCAAUGGAUUAUCCGAAGCAAAAGGCACACACAAAGUUCAUUGCAGUGAAGAUUUAAUGCGCGUUGAAAUUGGCCUGCCAGAACCGAUUGUUAGCAGCAGCAGUAGUAGCAGUGCCGACGACUUGACUAAUGAAAAGCCACAAAUCUAUUUGGAAGGCCUUAAGGGCUAUCCGGAUGAGCGUUGCCAUCCCGAAAUUAACGGUUCCCUAGCCAUAUUCCGUUUAUCGUUGACGGAUUUCUAUGAGUGUGGUGUGACACGUAUGGUCAAUCAGUUAACGGGCAAAAAAGUCUAUUAUCACAAAAUCAUAAUUCAAUCGUCGAACGGCAAAGAAAUUGUCAGUGUUAAAUGCAUCACCAGUGGUCCGGUUUUCAAUUUAAUGAUGAAUGAAACUGCCCAAGAGCAACCACGUUUUGUUUUACAAGAUCAGCAACAACUACCACAACAACAUCAUGGCAUUGUGAGGCGUGAUGUUCUGCCAGCUGGAUUUCAAGAGCCAGAAGACUUGGAAAUAACAACAUCCCUAACAGAACGGGCUCCUGAGCCCCGCUUGGCCAUUGGUGUUAGUCAAAAUGGUAAACGUGUAACGGGUGAUCUGACCGUAACACCUGGCACACCCCUAACCAUGGAAAUUAGUUUGGAUCGUGAAUCGGCUCCCGUUUAUGGUUUGGGUGUUAAUUAUUUGGAGGUCACCGAUACCCGGUUAUUGUCGGAAACUAUUAUAUUCAAGGGAUGCACUGUGGAUCCCUAUCUUUUCGAAAAUUUCAAUACCAUCGAUGGUGAUACAUUGAGUGCUAAAUUCAAGGCUUUCAAAUUCCCCGAUUCCUCGUACGUUCAAUUCCGUGCCACUGUCAAUGUUUGUCUGGACAAAUGUUUGGGUACCCAAUGUUCGAAUGGCCAGAUAGGUUAUGGCCGCAGAAGACGUGAUACCUCCGAGGCCAUGAUGUCACCCUUCCAGGAUACGAAUAAAGUUUAUGAGAUCUCAUUGGCCAUGUUCAUUAAAAUUAAUGAUAUUGAAGGUGUUAAUCGAAAUGAAGUUUUGCGCUUGGAGGAGAAAUUACGCGAAUUGAAAUUGGCCAAUCAACGUUUGGCACGCAACAGUCGCGGACAUUUCAAUGAACCCUUGGUGAAGACAUAUGAACAACUGCCGUUAUCUGUACCCGCAUUUGUGGUCGACGAAAAAGAAUUGGAACAGGCACGGAAUGCUGGUCGAACCGCUGCCCCAGUCACCUUAAGUGGGAUAUACGUCUUCGCAAUUGUAGCAAUGCUGUGUAAAUUUUUGUAA